CCCCGGGGGAGAUAAAGAAAGGGGGAGCGAGGCAAGGCUUCUUUGUGUGAGGGGCCGAGCUAGCGCUGGUCGCCCCGCCCGGCUCAUGUACCGGGACGUGAACGCUGGGGCUCGUGAUCCUCACCCCCUGCCCAAGCCAGGGCGGGCCUGAGCUUUGUAAAAGGGGGGAGGGGGUGCAUCUUUCUUGGGGAGGCGGUAAGGGAAUCCUCUCCAACCCUUUACACACACACAAACACGCACACACUCAUUUCGCGAUCAAGCUCAGCCCCGAUCCCAGUCUGGGUUACCUGUCAUAGUCUGUAAGAGCCCCGACUUGUGGCUCUUGCCUUGUCCCUCGCCCCCCACGCCCUAAGCCCAGCCUGUGGCUGGUGCAUCCAACCCCCUCCUCCCUCACUGCGGGGAGGAUGCUCUAGUGUCUGGGUGUAACCCACAGCCUCCUCGCAGGACUGGAUUAGAGAGGCUCGAGAAAGGUGUUACGUCCUCCAGGUGGUGGAUCUAAUUUUACUUUGGGCUUUGAUGAGCCUACAGAACAACCAGUAAGAAAGAAUAAAAUGGCAUCUAAUAUUUUUGGAACACCUGAAGAAAAUCAACCUUCUUGGGCCAAGUCAGCAGGUGCUCAGUCAAGUAGGGAUAAUUCUGAACUAUCUGGACUCCAAAGAAGAAACUCUUCUGAAGCAGGUUCUGGAGAUUUUUUAGGUCCAAAGGGAGAAGGUGAUGUGCAUGAAAAUGUGGAGGCAGACUUACAAGUUGACCUGGGACAGAAUGAAGAGAAAUCUGUGCCUGCUGCACCUGUUCCCAGCCCAGUUGCAUCAGCGCCAGCACCAUCCAGAAGAAAUCCACCUGGUGGCAAGUCCAGCUUAGUCCUUGGUUAAAUAUGACUCUUUUUUCCUCCCCUCCAUGCUUGUGAACUGCACAACUUGAGCCUGACUGUACAUCUCUUUAAAAUUUCUUUCAUUAAAAAAAGCACUUUAUGUA